UUGCCCGUACCCCGGGUCCAUUCAAGCAUUGUCUGCCUCAUCCCAGUACCGCGCGCUACUCCCUCUCCACACCGCCUCACCUUUAAGCCGGAGCAGCUUUAUAAGUGAAACAAACGUUAAAGUCGGAUACUUUUCUCUACUUCUCAACCUGGACUGUAAAGACGUCGAUACUACGGGGAGCAAGUUAUAAAAUAGUAUUGUCCAGCUAAUAUCAGAACUGAACGUCCACGAAACACAACCAGCCGCCCUCAGACCCAACACCUGGACACAUCUGGCAGAGCGCUGCUGUGUGUUUUGGAGCAGAAAACGGACAUUUCCACACGCGUUAGCGUCUUUUUCGACCGAUUCAGUGACUUUUGAAGCCCCCAAACAUCAUCUGAGUGGAGGCGUCGUGCGUUGGACAGAGCAAGUAGGCGAGUAAGUUAUCUGCGUUACACAUCCAACAGUGAAAGUGAAGGAGCGAACACACAUACUCACAAAGUCAAGCAGAACAGAUCUAAGAGUAUCUUGUGGAUCUAAGGCAGCUGCCAGAUAGAUAGAUAGAUAGAUAGAUAGAUAGAUAGAUCGAUCGGGAAAUUCCGUGGGAAAACUUGGACUGCAGCUUCUGAACCUUCCGCCUGUCAGCUGACAUCUGUCAACUGAGAAAGAGGAGGAACAACUUUGGGUUUCACAACUCCAAAACUAACACUGGAGCAGAGUUCAAGCCCUGGGAUUUUUCAGUACGUGCAAAUGUUCCCUUUUAUGAGAGGGAGAUGCUCUUCCUUUUUCUGUGUACGCAUGGUAUCAGUAAAGUUAGACAAAGACUUGCAAACAUGAAAUUAGGGUGGCCUGUAUAGUCAGCAUUGUUGACAUUGAGUCAAAACAGAGUCUGGGAGUAAGAUGACUGGUUCCCAAAUGGUGCAGGAUCUCCGCGGACCAAUGAGAGGCAAAUAAACAAAUGUUGACAGUUUUGAAAAUGCUGGAACGUAGCACUCAUGUGCAUCUUGUGUUUGAUGAGCAGACAGAGGGGCUGCAGGCUGUGACUGACAGACUUUUGGUUUACUUCAGUUUCUAAAGAUGGCUGCAGAAACCGUUUUAAGAACACACUUUUGACACAUUUUUGGAAGCAGAGUUUCGAGUUAAUUCACCCAGUUUUCAGCCAUGACCAACGCAGAUGUUGAACUGUGCCACAAUAAGCACGACAUUGACUCCACCACGAGCCCGCUGAUCAGCGCCUUCAUGUUCGGUGCAGGCAUCUUUGGCAACGUGGCUGCCCUGGUGAUCAUAGAAAUCCGGCGGCGUAGAAACACGAGGGCAGGGGAAACGCGGCGGCAUUCAUUGUUUCACGUCCUCAUCACAUCGCUGGUGGUCACGGACCUGGCAGGGACCUGCCUGGUCAGUCCGCUGGUGCAGUGGUCGUAUUCACAUAACACUACCUUGGUGGGGAUCUCGCCUGACACUAGAAGUGUGUGUUGGUACUUUGGUGUCACCAUGACCUUCUUCAGCCUGGCCACCAUGUUGCUUCUCUUCACUAUGGCACUAGAGAGAUCCGUUGCCAUUGGGUACCCGUACCUGUACAGCCGGCACGUCACCAAGAAAUGUGCCUAUAUCACAAUCACCUUGGUGUUUUUUUUGUGCAUGUUAUUCUGUCUCCUCCCUUUUGCGGGAUUUGGGAAGAUUGUACAAUACUGCCCCGGCACAUGGUGCUUCAUUGACAUGAACCCGGCGGAAAGUAAGCAAAAGGUGUACGCCACCCUGUAUGCCACUAUUAUGCUGGUGCUGGUUCUGGCUAUCGUGGCUUGCAACGGUUUUGUGGUGUACCAGCUGUUCAGGAUGUACCAACGUCGGAAGAGGAACUGCGGCUCGGUGAUGGCAAACACGAGAUCCAACAGCGAACGCAGGGUGAUGUCCAUGGCGGAGGAGGUGGAGCAUCUCAUCCUGCUGGUCUUCAUGACCAUCAUCUUCAUCGUGUGCACACUUCCCCUGGUGAUCCGGGUGUACAUCAACUCCAAAGGGGAUGACAAGGGCGAGAGCCUCGAGUCUCACCAUCUGGACCUGAUCGCCCUGCGCUUCAUCUCGGUUAACUCCAUCAUCGACCCCUGGGUCUUUAUCCUCCUCUCGCCCAGUGUGCUGCACUUUUGCUGGGCCGCGGUUUGCCGGGCUCACCUGGGAGCCCCCAGGGGAUCUAUCUUUAAAUCCUCACUGGCAAAAGAUAAUUCUCCGGCUAGGCUGGAACUGUCUCGCCCAACGACGGAGUACAACGAACAUUUUCAUACCGUGGAAACUCUAUGACCGUAACAGUACUUUAUUAUUUGAUAUUUAUAUCGUACGGCACAUGACUGGAUAGUGUGUUCUCCUUAAGGAUCACAUGAAGCGGAGAGGUUCUGUGGGCCUCAGUAUCUCUCCCAUGUGGGUGGAGCUUCUUUAUCUAUUUUAUGAGUGUUUCCAUUAGAUUAUGGGCCUUCGUGUCUAACUGACAAACACCACCAACCAGUCCUAACAGCUGGUGGCUGCCUGUGUUUCCAUCCAUGUCUAGCAUUUGAGCUAUGCAUGCUGAAUGCAUACUGACUUCUCUAGAGCUUUAUAUUUUAAGUGUAGAAGCUCGACUCCUUUGCUGCUUGUAUUUUAUUGCAAAUCAAUUACAGUAAAAGGGCUGCUGACAGGAGCUAGAAGAAGAAAGACACUUGAUGAUCUGGAAUAGACAAACUGCAAGUACUUUUGUCUACAUUGUGUUAAGAUGAAGAUGUGACAGAAUGCAACAUACUAAAGACAUUCAUCUAUCGCUGUGUACAGAAAUGUGAUUAGCCUUUGAUUCAGGACAACCAGUGAAGGUAGAGGUAACUAAAUUACUCCCUGCUGUACAUGCCUUCGCUGAUUCAUGCUGCUUUUCCAAACACUUGUUGCUGGCAGUUCCAGGGACUUGGGAUGUCACGCAAGAAACUUGCGUGAUAAAAUGUGACUUCAGAAAAAAACUGGGAGACUCAGUUCCAGUCUGUCACAUUAAGAUUAUGUUUAUAAACCCUUCGGGAUCAGGAUCGUCGAAUUGGGACCGCCCCAGAGAUUGGGAGUCAGACCCAAAAGCUGCCUAAUUAUCCUCCAGUGUGGCAACAAUACAGGCAUGAACCAAUGGACCACAGCUAGAUAUUAAAGACAUAAACUUAGUGUAAAUGAGACCUUAAUUAUUUGAUUUUACACAUGUACAGUAUGUAGCAUAUAAUAUUAUAUAAUAAAGACAUUUUGUAAAAGGUUCAUUAUAUGAAACUGCAGUUACCUUUUGACUUGAAAACUUCUGCUUCUUAUCUAAUUAAGUAACAGCAGAGUCAUUAUUCUCUCAUUGUCUGCUUCAUGAAAUACUGAAUAGAGGAUUGCACAUAAUUGUAGCAAAUUAUGGUACUUUUUAAAGAGCAGUCUACCUCCUUUAAUGGUAAAAUAACACUAUUAUUUUUUUAAAUGCGCUUUUACAGAUCAUGUUAAUUAAUAUUAAAGGAUAAACUCAAGACUACUCUUUCUUUCCUAUAUGUUGGAGCUGAAAUUAAAAGGUGCCCUGUAGUUUUACGUUUACAUGCACUGUUAAUCACUUGAAUAGUUUUAUUUUAUUUUUAAUUAAUCCAAAUGCAGCAAAUGUGUAUCGUGUCGCUUGUGCUCCUGCAUGUGCCUCCUCGUGAGCAACAAAAAUGGCGAUCCACACAUAAAAAUAUAUACGUACAAAACUGUUUGGUUGUAUUGGAAUAAUCAACACCAGCUUCUGGAAAAUGCUGUUUAAAAUAAGUAUUGAGCCUGUAAGUUAACAUAAAUUGAAUGUUAUCAUUUAACAAGUACCAUAUUUUGCUUCCAAUUUGUGCCAUAAAUCAGUUCUGACUUAGUGCACACAUGUUAGCAUGUUAGCACACAACAUGUCAUGUUGGCACAGAACUCUACUUUUUGUUCUGUAUCUUGCUUUAUUUUCUCUUGCCCGGUCACAGUGCCUGAUAGUUAUUUGGAAACUAUGAAAAGAAAGCCCUUUAUUUUUAUCCCUCAACUUUAUGACCAAAGUCCCAAUUUCCUUUAGUUUUACUAGGGAACAUCUUGAAAUCAAUGUGUGUCUUUCCAGAGGCCCACCAUUCAUAUGGGUCAAAGGACAUCCACUGAAAUUGCCGCUCGUAGCCCAGAUGGGAAACGUUCUGAUUGCAGUCUUUAUUAUAUCAUCACACUGUUCAAACAAGUUCAACUGCCAACUAAAGCAAACACAGAAAAAGCAGGUUUGCUUUCAGGUUCAAGUCUAAAUAUCUCCCUUGCCAUAGACUUCAGUCAGUUUAGUUAGUCUGCCGCCUGUUAACGUAACACAUCAUUACAUUACACUGAUGUCAGUUCUAACUAGCCUGCUGAUAUCAGAUGACCACUGGAUUUCAUUGAAAAAGCAGGUAGUAUUCUCCACUUAAAUUUAUCUGUUUGCAUGCUUUAAAUGUCCAUCACCACAAGGAUUUGUAACUAUUACAGUAUCUCCUCCUUUAACAUGAAUCCAGUUUCAACACGGGCUUAAGUUCGUGGCAAGAAAAUAAGCAACUACAAAUUUCUGCAGGAUCCCUGGUCAUAAAUCUCUCAAAAUAGCUGGAGUGACUCUGGUUAUGCAACAGCAAAGAGUGUCCAGUUUAAAUUGAAAGAGUUUUGUUGGUGUGUAAAAUGUGAAAAGAAAAAAACGUUCUCAACUAGCUGUCAUUUUAGAGGAUGCCAGAAAAAUGUGUGAGCAUCAGGUAAACUUUGGGGCUGUAAGCUGCAAGUGUGAAGUGUGUGUGUGUGUGUGUGUGUGUGUGUGUGUUUGGCUAUUGUGUUGUGAGAAAAGCAGUUUAUUGCCUCAUGUUGGUUCUGAGCUAAGCAUCAAAAUGUUCAGUGUUUACGACUUACUGCUUCCUGUGGAUGUUUUGUGUGAAUUUCACAUCUGCGGGUGUGCCUUUUUUCUGUUGUGUGUGUUUAUGUGGUUCCCAUAUACAUGCUUGUGUGUCUAUGUGCCUACAAUAAGUGCAAGCUAUCGAGCUAGUGUGUGUGUGUGUGUGUGUGUGUGUGUGUGUGUGUGAUAGACAGCACUGAAAUGAUAAACCAGAAUGCUACCUACCCGGAUGUCUUGUACUAAUUAUAAAGUACUGUAGAUGAAACUGAUUGCACUGAACUCGUGAGUAUGUGUAGGUUUGACGGCUUGUGUUAAUAAACAUCUCAUCCACCACGUA